GAAACUAUGAAGCUGCUGCUGCUAGUGGUGGCGUCCUUGGUCGCCGUAUGCCUUGCCGAGCCAAAGCCUGCCAUCAAUGAGGUCAAGUCAAAUCAACCUGUGCAGAAGCCGGGUCGAUUCUUGUCACUGCCAGUACCCGAGAAAUGUGCAUCGCGACCCAAACAGUUCACCUAUCGUGGACAUAACUACUUCUACAGCGCCCACGUACCCGCUCUCGCUGACAAGCGAGUGGACUGGCUCGAUGGUCGUAACAUCUGCCGCGAGUACUGCAUGGAUCUGGUGUCGCUGGAAACACAGGAAGAGAACAACCUGAUCUUCCGAUUGAUUCAGCAGAACGAUGUGCCAUACAUCUGGACUGCAGGACGGCUGUGUGAUUUCAAGGGUUGCGAGGGUCGCCCGGAUCUGGAACCAAAGAACAUCUACGGCUGGUUCUGGUCGAACAACCGUGAGAAGAUUCAUCCUACCAACCAGAUCCCGAACGGUUGGGGCUACAACCCGUGGAGCAAAUCAGGCCACAAGAAGAUCCCGCAGCCGGACAAUGCCGAGUUCGAUAUCAAUCAGACGACCGAAUCUUGCCUAUCGAUCCUGAACAAUGUCUACAACGAUGGUAUCGGCUGGCACGAUGUUGCCUGCUACCAUGAGAAGCCGGUCGUGUGCGAGGAUUCCGAGGAGCUGCUGAACUACGUGCUCGCCACCAACCCGGGCAUCCGUCUGUAGGAUGGAGCCGGUGGUGGAUGGUGCUCGACGUGAAAGCGCAUUAGAACUGCCCGGUAAUGGUGAAACUGCCUCGAAGCAUCACCGCGAACUCGAGGAACCAAAUGUCCUCCUUUCUUUCUUCUAUUCAAUUUUAGUUGCUACUAUACUGCUCAUUCUGAAAAUAUGUAGUGCGUUUCCUCAUUUCAUUUAGUAGAUGAAUUUUGCAGAAAACAUCCAGUGCAGUAU